GUCGGCACACUAAUGAGCGCGAUGUGUUGUUCUUUAAGCAUUCAGAGACAGAUAUUCGUAUAUUUUUUGCAGAUAGAAGAUAAUGCAGUUUGCUAGAGCGCCUCUAUCCAGGACGUAGACGGACGCACAUUUCCCAUUGUGACUGUGUUGCUAGCUGGCAUGGGCGAUGUUGGAAGACAAAGGGCCCCGUGUCGCGGACUACUUUGUGGUGGCCGGCCUGACGGACCCCUUCAAGCCGCUGGACGAGGAGCUGCGCUUCGAUGACGUCUGCCACAAGACGGCGCGGCCCAAGGCGCCCAUCACCGACGUCACCGUGGUGAUGCGCUCGCUGGGCGAGGAGGUGCCGCCGGGCUACGCCUGCGUGGAGACCACGCCCUCCGGCCUGUCAGCUGACCUGAACAACGGCGGCCUGAUGGCACCUGAGGUCUACCUGUGCUACAAGCGCGGCCGGGACAAGCCCCCACUCACCGACCUCGGUGUCUUGUAUGAAUGGAAGGAGCGCCUGAAGCAGGGCUGCCACCUGGUCCAGACCACUCCCGGCGGUCGCCCGGCCAACCUCAGCGGCUCGUCCCAGCGCGUUUACAUCACCUACCGCAGAGCGCCUGAGAGCCAAUCACAUGCCUCGCUCGCUGUGACGGACAUCUGUGUCAUCAUACCAGGAAAGGGCGAAUCUCCACCGCACACCUUCUGCAAAGUGGAGAAGAAUCUUAACAGCAGCAUGUGGGGGUCAUCUGUCUACCUGUGCUACAAGAAAUCAGUGGCCAAAACCAACACCAUCGCCUACAAAGCAGGGUUGUUCAGUAGGUACCCAGAGGAGGACUAUGAGUCUUUCCCUCUCCCGGAGUCCGUGCCCCUCUUCUGCCUGCCCAUGGGAGCUACGCUGGAGUGCUGGCCUCCUCACACCAAAUACUCCCUCCCCGUUUUCUCCACCUUCGUGCUCACCGGCUCUUCAGGAGACAAGGUGUAUGGGGCUGCCAUCCAGUUCUAUGAGCCCUUCUCCGAGGACUGCCUGACGAACAGGCAGCGUCUGCAGCUGGGCCUGUCCCUCCCUGACCCCAAGGCAGGGUCACGCUCCCCCAACGCUGACCCCCAGGCAGGGUUACGGUCCCCCAACGCUGACCCCAAGGCAGGGUCACGCUCCCCCAAGGCUGACCCCAAGGCCGCCUCGCGCACCGUUCACACCAACAAGAGCAUCUGUCUGCUCUCGCACUGGCCCUUUUUCGACGCCUUCCGGAAGUUUCUCACUUUCCUCUACCGCUACUCUAUCUCCGGGCCACAUGCCCUUCCCAUUGAGAAGCACAUAUCUCACUUUAUGCACAAAGUUCCCUUCCCCUCAUCUCAAAGACCUCGCAUUCUUGUACAGCUUUCCCCACAUGACAGUCUGAUGUUGAGCCAGCCUGUGUCCUCUCCUUUGCCACUCAGCGGGGGCCGGUUCUCUACGCUGCUUCAGAGUCUGGGCCCCGAGAAUGCCGUCUCGCUGCUGGUGUACGCCAUGACGGAGCAGAAGAUCCUGGUGCACUCACUACGACCUGCGGUGCUCACCAGCGUUACCGAGGCUCUGGUGUCUAUGAUCUUCCCUUUCCACUGGCAGUGCCCAUACGUGCCGCUGUGCCCGCUGGCAUUAGCAGGGAUUCUGAGCGCCCCCUGCCCCUUCAUCAUUGGGCUGGACACACGCUACUUUGACCUCUAUGAGCCGCCUCCAGAUGUCAACUGUGUGGACCUGGACACUAACACUGUAUCUCAAAUGGAGGAUAAGCGUGCUCUAACAUGGAAGCUCCUCCCAAAGAAAGCCUGCAAAAACCUGAUGAAUGCACUCAGUAACCUCUACCAGCAGCUAGUAGAAGGACACCAGAGGCCGCAGCACGACGGCUUGGCGGAGUUGUCGGUGUGUGUCGGGGGUGAAGGGGAGCUGGGCGGCGGGCGUAGCCUGCAUGCUCUGGAGCUGGACAUCCAGGAGGCGUUCCUGCGCUUCAUGGCAGCGCUGCUGCGCGGCUACCGCGCCUUCCUCCGGCCCAUCACGCAGGCGCCCUCCGAGAAGACCACCGACGCCAGCUCGCUCUUCGACCUGCAGGGCUUCUUGCGCAGCAGGGAUCGCUCUCAUCAGAAGUUCUACUCUGCGAUGGUGAAGACACAGCUCUUCAGCCGCUUCAUUGAGGAGUGCUCCUUCGUCAGCGACAAAGAUGCCAGCCUGGCCUUCUUCGACGACUGUGUGGACAAAGUUGAUGGGGAACGCAGCGAAGAGGGCAAACUGAUCGAGUUUGAUGAGUCUCAGAGAAGUGAACACACUGUCUUCAUUACACCACCUGAGCUACCACCCCUGCCAGAGGGAGAGGAGCAUCCACUCUGCUACAGCUAUGCUGGCUUCCCUGUGCUGACGGAUGACUUGUUUGAUCGUGUUGAUGGCCUGAGGACUCCUGCCUCUCUGCUUGCCAGUCGUCAGAGCUGCCCUACAAGUCCUGCUCCCAUGUUCAGACGCACUAAACAGGAGAUCAAGCUGGCUCAGAAGGUGGCUAAAAAGUACUCGUCUGUGCCCCAGAUGUGGUCUAAGUGCCUUCUGCGCCACUGCUAUGGCCUGUGGUUCAUCUGCCUGCCCGCCUAUGUCAAGGUCUGCCACUCCAAGGUGCGGGCUCUCCGCACCGCCUACGACGUCCUGAGGAAGAUGCACACCAAGAAGAUACAGCCACCUGAUGAGGUGUGUUACAGAGUCCUGAUGCAGCUCUGUGGCCAGUAUGGCCAGCCUGUUCUGGCCGUGAGAGUUCUGUUUGAGAUGAAGAAAGCUGGUGUCCAUCCCAAUGCCAUCACCUAUGGCUACUACAACAAGGCUGUUUUAGAGAGCACUUGGCCGUCCAGCACCAGAGGUGGCUACUUCCUGUGGCUGAAAUUGAGGAAUGUGGUUCUGGGUGUUGCCCAGUUCAGACAGGCUCUAAAGAAGCAUCAGCAGCCGUCUGCACACACACCUCCCUCAGACGGCAGUGAUUUGGACGCUCUGAGUCAGGGCAGCAUGGACAGCUCCAACGAGACUAACCCUGCUGACCUUAUCAAAGUAGAGGCCACUGACGAUAGAUCUAGCACAGGUGACCAGUCAGAUCUGGGCUACAACUCACUGUCUAAAGAAGAGGUGCGGAGAGGAGAGACCAUCCCCGAGAAGGAGAAGAGGGAGAGUGACUGCAGCUCCUUGUCUGAGACAGAGAGUGCCAAAGGCAGUGGAGACUGUCUUCCACAGCUGGACUUCCCAGCUCCUAAUCAGCCGCGUCCAGGGAUCGUCCGUGGCAACUCCUGCUUUGAUGGGCCUGCCCUUAAAAAACAAGAAAGCUCCUCAGCCGUUGCUGGUCUACUCUUCUCCUCCUCUUUAGAGGACAUCGGGGUCAUGCAGGGAGGCAGUCUGCAUCGUCGCCUGGGUAACCUACGCGAGAAGACCGACGGGUUGGUGGAGGAGCCUGGGAUGAGAGGUCGUCGCCAUAGCGGCGACUCGGCCACCCCCACCGGCGCCGUGCUGGGCCUGAGCCUGAACCAGGGCGAGACGGACCCGCGCAAGAUCGCCCGCAACCUCGGAGACGACGCCAAGAUCCUCUCGGGGAGCCUGCGCAAGAGCCGGCGAUGCGAGACGCUGGGAAUGAACAGCAAGCAGGCGCACGCGCUCCUGCGCGACGACGAACCGGCGGUGCACAGGCUCUCCCUCACGACCGCAGAGGACGCCGAAGAGGACCCGGACUCCAGCGACGAGGAGGGGACCGACGACGACAAGGUGGACAACGACCUGGCGGCCAUCUUCGACCUGGAGGACUUGGACCUGGACUCGGAGAGGCCGGCGGGGUCGCGGCGCCAGUCGGUCCCGGUCCUGCUGGGCAUCCCGGCCAAGCGCAUGGGCAUCGAGACGGGCUUCGACCCGCUGUCGCUGCUGGCGGCCGAGACGGAGUCGGAGGCGGCGGAGGUGUCCAGCGAGGGGGCCGGCGGGGACCGGACGCCCCCGGGGAUGCGGCGCGACCUGGCCGAGGAGAUCGAGAUGUACAUGAACCACAUGGGCAGCCCGCUGAGCAGCCGCGCGCCCAGCAGCGUGGACCUGCGCUUCCCCGCCAGCCCAGCGGGGGGCGCCGCUCACCACCACCAGCAGCACGAGGCGCGGCGCGGCAGCCUGCCCCACUGCUCGUCCCGCGCGCUCUCCGUGCCCCGCUCGCACACCUACCACUCGCACCAGCAGGUGGCGCACUCGCACAGCGCGCAGAGCGUUCGCUCGCGCACGCCCCAGGCCAACACGCCGACCCACGCCAGGGCCCGGCUGUGGUCCACGCCCGGGUAUCCGCCCGACGGGGGGGCCUCUCAGCGGGGCGAGGAGAGGGACCGGGACCCCCACUCGGACCUGGCCUCCCCGCCCCCCUCUCCCUCGCCCUACUCCUCCUCCUUCGGGCUGGACACUCUGCUCACGCCCUCGCUGGACGUCUUCAAGAGCAGCAUGGUGUCGGCGGGGAAGGGUGUGGCCGAGAAGGCCAGCCGCUGGUACUCACGCCUGGCCACUUACACCACUCCCACCAAGGACAUGAGCUCAGACCAGUUGAGUGUGGAGGAUGAUGACGAGUGUGAUGGGGAGGGAGAGGAAGUCUUUCUGUCUUCUGACGGGCCCUUCUCCCCACGGCGACCGGGCCCUAGACGCAGCCCCCGCCGGAGCCCCAUGCGCAGCCCCGCCGCUCAGGCCAGCGCCAACCGCCGCAGCAGUAUACACACAGGUUAUCUUCUCUCUCCUCCUCCCAGUGUCCCUGACCGCUCUGACCUGGGCUCAUCUCGAUACACCAGCAACACUAGCAUCUUCCAGAACUAUGCAAUGGAGAUUCUGAUCUCCAGCUGCUCGCGCUGCAAGACCUGUGACUGUCUGGUGUACGACGAGGAGAUCAUGGCGGGCUGGACGGCGGACGACUCCAACCUCAACACCAUCUGCCCGUUCUGUGGCAACCCCUUCCUCCCCUUCCUCAACGUGGAGAUCAGGGACCUGCGGGGCCCCGGCAGGUUGUUUCUGAAGAGUAGUCCAUCAGCAGAUGAAGCUAUCUCCUCUUCCUACUCUGUUUCCACUGGGCUGGACACUGGGACCUCCACCCUCUCACCCCCGUCCCCAGUUCCAAUACACGCAAGGAGCAGCUCCUUCAUCAGGGCUCCGUGUAUAGAUAUCCCGGAGAGGCAGCAGGGCUCUCUGUCCCCCGGGGCCCCCAUGGCGCGGAGCGUCAGUGCCUUCGGGCCCCUGGAGGAGCCGCCGCGGCCUCUGCACCGGGGCCCCACUGGCAGCCUGCCCAGCCGGCUCAACGAGGCCACAGAUCCGUUGAGUAUGGAGUGGCGCCUGCACCACCCUGAGCCAGUGACGGUGCCCUACCUGAGUCCUCUGGUCCUGUGGAAGGAGCUAGAGAGCCUGCUGGAGAACGAGGGAGACCAGGCCAUCACUCUGUCAGGGCUGGUGGAUCACCAUCCCAUAAUAUUCUGGAACCUUGUGUGGUACUUUCGCCGACUAGAUCUGCCCAGCAACCUGCCAGGCCUUAUUCUGACAUCAGACCACUGUAACAGAGGAUCUCAGGUUCCUCGUGACUGGAUGUCUGAGGACAGUAAGCACGUGCUGGUGCAGAUCCUGUGGGACAACCUGAAACUCCACCAGGACCCCAUACAGCCCUUCUACAUCCUGUGGAACACACAGAGUCUGAGUUACCCAGUGUGCCGGCUGGGGAAUGAGAAGGAGCAGGUGUUUGGUGAGGAGGUGCUGCAGGGCGUGGUGAGGAGCAUCCAGCGCAACGACAUCCACAGCCCCAUGUGCCACAUCCUCCAGCUGCUCGCACACACCCUCGGGGUCCGCAGACAGAGGAGUCUGUACAGGGAUAUCCUCUUCUUAUCUCUGGUCGCUCUGGGCAAAGACAGCAUUGACAUUGAUGCGUUUGACCGGGAGUAUAAGCUGGCGUAUGACCGUCUAUCUCCAGCUCAGGUCAAGCUCACUCAUAACUCCGACCGGCCCCCCAGCACAGGGGUCAUGGAGUGCAGAAAAACCUUUGGAGAGCCUUAUCUCUGAACACCCCACGCUCCCUCGCCCCCCCCCCCCCCAAACCUCUACUACACCAUAGCUGGAGACUCCAGCACAUCACUACACACUCAUAUCAAAGAGUAUAGAAGUAACAGUCAUAUUUACAGCGCUGACCUUUCACCUGGAAGUACUGUACUUACACAUUCAUCAGUCUGCAUGGCAACUUGUCCACAGAGAGUGCUGUGUUUUCAAAAAAAGGAAAAAGCAGAAGGUCAUGCCACACGCCACAUCUAAUUUGUUUCUUUAAAAUGGUGAUGUACUAUAAAUGCAAGGAUAGUUUGGGGGGAUUUAAAGAAUGUUUUCAUGAUAUUGUCAUCAUGACUAUGUAGUAGAAAAGGUAGCAGCAAUAUUUUGCCUAUUGUCAAAGUUAUCCAUACAAAACUGCAUAUUUAUGAAUAGGUACUAAAGAAUCUAUUUAGCUGAUGGUGAGACACUUUCACACAGUGUCAUUAGACCUGAAGUUUGUAUGGUAUCUCUCUCUCUUUCUCUCUCUCUCUCCCACACACACACUCUCUCUCUCUCUCUCUCUCUCUCUCUCUCUUCCCCUCAGAUGGGAUGCCAGAGAUUAUUGUCAAAAUAGAGAUUCAGUGAGAGGUGAAUGUACAGUUCUCUGUAAGGCCAUGUUUAGCUUAAUGGUUACACGUUUCCUACAGACUUUUGGGAAGAUGCCUAAAGUGCUGCUGAUCAAAGGUUUGGUCAAUGAAAAAUUGCUUUUUAGUAUGUACUACCUAUUCUGUUACAGACUGGAUGGUUCAGAAAAUAAUACACUAGUAUUUAGGUCAGUAUUGAAGUCCCUCUAUAGCCAUUGUUGAGAUUAUGAAUAUUGAGAUUAUGGAGAAUUGUAUACAGAUGGAUAAUUUACUUGUUUUACAUUGAAUAUAUCAUGCUGCUCUUGCAUGUUAGCCAGUUGUAAGACCAAGCAAUCCAAUCAAGAAAAGGGGAUACGCUACACAGGACUCAUACUGUCCUGUCACACCUGCUGCUCAACAGCCACACUGCAUCCUACACUCAACCCUAUCUGCUGUGAGUUCUGCUUUAGUUAGUGAGCCAAAUAUGCCCGACAGAAGCUCCGACACUGUGUGUUCCAUUUCAUUAAACACAAAAACCUUUAUUGGUAUGACUGAAUAACACAGUCUGACACACCAAGGAAUACAGUACACACACUCAAGAGUGUGAUAGUGUGCAUGCGUUAGAUGCAGUGAAGUGACUGCGAGCAGAUUUGCUUUAGUCAGCUAAUGUGCUAGCAUCUAGUUGGGUCAAAGGUAUGGGCGCAUACAUUUAAGGAAUUAAUCUCUUGCUGGUUGACAAUAAUGCCAUGGUAUAGGUUAAACAUAGCAUAAUGUAUUUACUCAAAUUGGUACUGGGAGAAUAUUGUUAAAAAUGUAAUGAUAAUGGUCACGACGAGUUGUUUGCUAACAUUACAUUUGGCUUGGUGCCUGUGAUAGUGUAUAGUAUUCAUAUAGUAAUGUUAUUUUUGUUUAGGAAACCAAAUACAUACUGUAAAUAUGUAUAUUCCAUCCAAAAAAGUCUAUUGGUAUAUUUAUCACAAAAGGGCACUUUUACAAUAAUUGGCUAAUGACAAUGUCAUGACAACUAUUUUUACAAUGUGGGAAAGCAAGCAAAUCUCUGGUGCUUUUUAGUCUAGAUACUUCCAUGUGUUUUUUUUAUAGCUUACUCUGUAAAUUUAACUAGUAAGGUAUGGUGAUUUGCCAAAUGAGGACUAUCCAAAUGGAUGAAUUAAUAGCUCAGCUUAUCACAAACUGAUAUAUUUUUUGCUUAUCUCUCUGUGUAGGAAGUACACAUCACCACUUUGAGGUAAAAUAUAUACAAGAGAUGUAAUGUAAUCUUUUGGUUUGUUUCAGAUUUCAAAUUUUCUACACUCAAUGUGGUUAAAUCAAAGAAUUUACAUUUACCUGCAUUGGUGAGGAGGUCAGAUUUUUAAAAACAUUUUUGCCAAGUACAGUAGGUUAAAAAAUCUCCCAUUUGUGUUAAUGUGAGCCUUUCCAUUUGAGCCAUAAUAUGCUGUUUGUUGCUUGAAAACAUUUGUUUACUUGGGCUUUGUGCACUUCUCAUCUCCCAAGACACCCAGGCUAUACUGUAUAUUCAAGAGACAUAGUACUGUAUGUCGCAAGUAUUUCAAAUGUGUCAGAUAUGUGACUGUCUCCACUACAACAGGACUGAGCCAUAUCAAGGGAGAGAUCAUUAUAAAAAAUGUAGUUUGUAACUACCCAUAAUCGUUAAAGGAGAAUAUAUCUUUUAAUUUGA